AUGGCGCCCAACAAGCAAAAAGUCGUUGCUCCCAAGCAGCCUGGUCGCAAGGCGGCACGAUCAAGGAAAUCACGGCCAGAAACCCCAAUAUCUGGGCCUACACCGUCGAAAGUCACGUUGAAGCUGAAGCUGGGAUCGAAGCCAAAACCAAGUGCCCAAAAAGAUGGACUGCUGCCUGUUUCCGCAUAUCAGUUUCCUCUGAGCGCGCCACCUUCAGAUGAUACCCCCGUAGAUGAAAACGCGAAAGACUCCACAAUGCUAAACUCAGUUGAGCAAGGCAAGAGGCAUGGCGGACGGCAGAGGACUAAGACUCAAGCCCCCGAUAUGGUCUUUGGAAGUGAGAUGGACAGGCUCAUGUCAUCUGUUACCACAGGCAAAACGGGAGACGAAGAUGAAGUUAAGAUUGCCAGCUCACCACCUUCCAUUCUUAGCAUGCACGCACCUGAACGUCACAGCUCCCUCGCUACCGAAACCUCUUUCUCCGCCGAUCAGAGCACCGUCCUACCACUAUCACACUACUCAGGCUCUAUCGACGAGGACGUUGACGAUAUCCUCAGCAGCCUUCGCAAUUCCUACGACAUUCAAGUUGACUUGCCUGACAUGUCGUUCAACGAUGUUUUUAAGCCCUACACUGCCAGAUUCCUAACGCAACUCUACAUUCAGUGCUACGAAAACCACCUCUGGCACUCCUGCGACCUCAUUGCCGACACAUGGAUUCGCGCGCUGCAGAAGGCAAACAAGCGUAGUCACAGGAGCAAGAAGGCGCGUGAUCACAUGUGGCGCAAGAAUGCCGCUCUGCUCAGGAUCUUUUCAGAGAAAAAGAAGGGGUUCAAGAAAGACGUGUACGAGUUUGAGUUGGAUGUGGAGGAUCCGGAUAUGGAUAACGAUGUUACCGUUUUCAACGUCACGUUCUUGCAGCAACUGUACGACCACACACGGCCGAAGUGCGGAGCUAGGCUGCUGUGGGCGGAUGCCAUGACGCUGGCUGGUGGAAAGAUGGAGGCUACCGUCUUGAAGGAUCCAGAUGUUUGGCCUCAAGAAUUGGUUUACGACAUCAUGUGUACGGCCUUGCGCAUGGUGGGGCGCAAGCUGACGCUCAAGAUCGAAGAGAAGUACGAGGGCGCGUGGUGCAGAUAUCAUGAGCAUGUCAAGCAUGGACUACCGUGUUAUCGCGAAUUGGCGUGGCAGCAGAAGCGUGAGGAGGAAGAGGAAGAGGAUGAUAAGAGGCCGGGCGUGAAUGAAGCUAGGGGCGAGAAGCGGGACCACAAAGCCCUGGGGCAUGCUGGCGAUGUGCAAGGUGAAUCAAAGCGUGUGCGGUUCGAUGCCGAAGAGGUCAUUGAUUUUGGGGAAAUUGACGCUGAGGGCGAGUCAGAGGAGGAAGGCUAA